AUGAAACCUGAUGUGAGAAGUGGAAGAUUUUGAUUCGAAUCCAAGAACUUUUGCUUGUGUUACUUUCAAAUAUUUCUGUUUGAUUGCUGCACUUCAUCGUACAUGCUGGGCUAGUGUAGUGGACUCACGAGGCCCAUAUUGGUUUCCAACAACUUCCCAACACGAAGCCCCUGUAUACAUGACCUUACGAGACUUGUAAUUUCCUUUUACCACACGCACUGAAAUCGGAGCUCAAAAGGUGGUUGAAGUUGAAGACUAAACAAAAAUGGCGGAUGAGAAGGACGCUUUUUAUGUUGUACGAAAAGGGGACAAUGUUGGGGUCUAUAAAAGCAUAAGUGAUCUUCAAGCAGUUCUUCGAUCUUCUGUGAAUGAUCCUUCUGUAAGUGUGUUUAAGGGUUAUGGCUUGUCUAGAGAAGCUGAGCAAUACCUUUCCUCUCACGGACUCAAGAAUGCAAUUUAUUCUAUUGAUGCCAGUAAUGUUCGAGACGAUCUUUUUGGCAAAGUUGUUGCUUGCCCUUUUCGGCAUCCAAAUUCUUCUAAAGAUAAAGUCACUGGCAAGAAUCCUUUAGAGAAGAGGCCACUGCAGGAUGUUGUUGGAUCGGCUUCAUUUCCCAUAAAUCCUCAGCAAAAACAUGCCAAAUUGGAUUUCCUCCAAGUUCCACCAGUUUCUUCUUAUUGUAGUUCCUGUAUUAUUGAAUUUGAUGGCGCUUCAAAGGGAAAUCCCGGACCAGCUGGUGCAGGGGCUGUGCUGCGAACAGCAGAUGGAAGCAUGGUGUUUCGUUUGCGUGAAGGUGUGGGUACUGCCACUAAUAAUGUGGCCGAAUAUCGCGGUGCCAUUUUGGGGUUGAAAUAUGCUCUGCAAAAGGGGUUCAAGCAUAUACGGGUUCAAGGAGACUCUAAACUUGUCUGCAUGCAGGUUCAGGGACUAUGGAGGACAAAAGUUCAAAAUAUGGCGGAGUUAUGCAAGGUGGCUAAAGAGCUCAAGGAUCAGUUUGUGACUUUUGAGAUCUGUCACGUUGAAAGAGACUUAAAUACUGAAGCUGAUGCUCAAGCAAAUCUAGGGAUACACUUAAAGAGUGGUGAAAUUCAAGUUGAAUGUGACAUCCCAAAAGCUUGAUGGAAUCACUGCUUAAAUGGUUCGUAAUUUUUUUUGAAAAAGAAUGUGUCAGUGCAUGAAUUUGGAAUUGUUGUGGUCUGUCUAGUGCAAGCAGCGUUUGAAAUUGUAGAUAAAUUAUCAAAAUGGUGUUGUGUUAAGAAAUUAAUUCUAUAACUUAUUAGUCCAGUGGUAAUAUAAUUCAGGCGCUUAGUAAAUCAAUCUCGAGGAAUUUGGCAGGGUCUCAAUUGGUUUAUUGUAUUGCAGUAUAUCCUUAGAAGGGUAGAAGAGAGUUGCGCGAGAGGAUUUGACCUCGUAUAAUUGAAAUUAAGGUUUAGUUUAGCUUACA